AUGAUAGUGCUCCGGAACCUUGGCCCGUGGGCCCCUGCACCGGGGCACCCCUCCAACGGCCCCUCAAAGCUCUUACCCCACCAUGCCUGCCUAACUCUAUCAAUGACAACCACCCAAGAGCUCACCUCAGCUCCUACAGCUCCACGGCUUGACGAUCAACAACCAACGUCGAGAAGCACAAGCUCAGAUACCCACCCGCCUCCCGCCGCAUCACUCCCAAGAUCAUAUUUCACACCAACAGAUCACGCACAGCUUGACAUACACACAUCAGCACACAUCGAAACCAUGGCGCCCUCGCAAAAGGUCGCCGAGCGGCUCGCCCAAGCCGAUUCGGUACCCGGGGACAAGGCCCCGGCCUACGAGUCCAUCAUCGCCGACAUCAAGACCCUCUCGUCCCCUCCGACAGCCGCGUCCGACCUCAACGCCGUCCUUGACGCAAUCUUCGCCGCCUCCCUCGGCAUCGUCUCCACCCGCACCCUGCUCGCCUCCUUCGUCACCGCCCUCCGCGGCCUCCAAAACGACGACCUCUGGAUCGCCGUCGGCAACCACACCCUCGCCCAGCUCGCCACCCAGCCCUCCUCCUUCCUCAACCAGGCCGCCGCCGUCCGCGAGCUCGUCGCCGAGGCCCACGAGAGCGCCGAAGACUUUCUCGACGCCGCCAACGUCCUCGCCGAGAUCCCCCUCGACGGCUCCCAGCGCAAAGUCACAAACGACGACAAGGCCCGCGUCUGGGUCCGCAUCGCCCGCAACUACCUCGAGGUCGACGACACCACCGCCGCCGAGACGUACGUCAACAAGCUCAAGAACAUCAUGCACACCGUCCAGGACCGCGACCUCGACCUCCACUUCAAGCUCUCCAUGGCACGCAUCCUCGACUCGCAGCGCAACUUCCUCGGCGCCAGCGGCCGCUACCACGAGAUCAGCGUCAGCCCCGCCAUCGCAGAGGAGGAGCGCCUGCACACCCUCGGCAUGGCCGUCAAGUGCGCCAUCCUCGCCCCCGCCGGUCCCAUGCGGAGCCGCGCCCUCGGCCGGCUAUACAAGGACGAGCGCUCCGCGGGACUCGACGAGCACGGCAUGCUGGAGAAGAUGUUCUUCGACCGCCUGCUCGCCCCGGAGGAAGUGGACAAGUUCGCUCAGGGCCUGCAGCCGCACCAGCUCGCCACCACGGCCGACGGAUCCACCGUACUGGCAAAGGCCGUCGUCGAGCAUAACCUGCUCGGCGCAUCGAGGCUGUACCGCAAUAUUGGCUUUGAGGCGCUCGGCUCCCUGCUCGGCCUGGACGCCGAAAAGGCCGAGGAGACGACGGCGCGCAUGAUUGAGCAGGGCCGAUUGCUCGGCCGGAUCGACCAGCUCGACGAGGUGAUUUGGUUCGAGGGCGGCGAGGCGUCUGGGAAGAAGGGCAGCGGGCGCGCCGAGGUCGUCGUUGGCAAGGAGAUGCGGAGGUGGGAUGCGAAUGUGCAGAGCGUAGCCGAGGAGGUUGAGAACGUGACCAAUGCUCUGCAGAAACAGUUUCCCGAAUUCGUGGAAGCCAACUUGGUCAUUUGA